UGUCUACCGUACCUAACAUGUUUCUACCAAGGAAUACAUAGAACAACAUGGCCUGCAUUAAAGCAAUUGACGAUCUCUGGGUGUGGGAGGAUUAAGAUAUUUAGGCAUGAAGAAUCCCAAAUCCGACAUUCACUUUUCCUUGUUGAAAAGGUUAUCCCCCAAUUGGAGGAGGUUUCAUUUAGCCAUGGUGAUAUUGCGAUGAUAAGUGAUGGCAAGUUUGAGGCCGACUUGUUUUGCAAUAUAAAAUUUCUUCGAAUUUAUUGCGACUUUGGUGUAUCUGUUUUCCCAAUUUCUUUCCUUAGUAGGUUUUGCAAUCUUGAAAGUCUUGCACUGAGUUUCUGUUAUUUCAAAGAGCUAGCUUCUUUCAAAAGUGAUGCAUUUGAAGAUAAAGACAUGAUCAUCACCACCCCAAAGUUCAAGAAGCUGUUAUUGGAUGGGAUUAACAACAUAAGAGAUCUAUGGAAGCAAGACUCCCUGCUUGACCAUAUUUGUGCAAGCCUCGAAUGUCUUGAAGUUUUGCAGUGUGGCAAUUUGAUUAAUUUAGGAUUAGAUCUUUCAUCUUUUGAAAAUCUUACAACUUUAGAUGUUUGGAAAUGCAAUAAGAUGUCAGAACUUAUUACAUCUUUCAAAGCCAAAAGUUUGGUGUGCCUUGUUACAAUGAGAAUAAGAGAAUGUGAAAUGAUGAGAGUAGUAGUUGCAAGCGGCGGGGAUGAUACGUCAUAUGAGAUUAUUUUCAUAGCGCUAAAACGUUUGGAGCUUCAUUUUUUAUCAAGCCUCACAAGCUUUUGCUCAGGCAAUUACACCUUAAGGUUUCCAUCCUUAGAACAAGUUACUUUGAGCCAAUGUCCUAGAAUGAAGAACUUCUAUCAAGGAGCUUUAAGCACACCAAAACUUCAUAAAGUGCAAUUAACAGAAACAGAUUUUAAGGGAAGUUGGGUUGGUGGCCUUAAUGCCACCGUGGAGCAAUUAUACAAAGAGCAGGUUGGAUAUCGUGGUCUAAAGCAUUUGAAGUUGUCAGAGUUUCCGGAGUUGGUAGACAUAUGGAGUAAAAAUCCUCAAGAAAUGUUUGGAUUUUACAACUCUUGAAUAUCUAGAGGUUUUUGAUUCCAACAAUUUGAGAUACAUUUUUAACCUCUCAAUGGCCUUCGGCCUAGGACAACUCCGGAAAAUGGAAAUCAAGAGAUGCGGAAAAUUGGAACAAGUCAUCAAAGAAGAGGAUUCAAUUACAAUAAUUGAGGAAGCAAUAACAGAUAGUAGCAAGAUCAUUAGCAUAUUUCCUCGUCUACAAUCUAUUGUGGUGGAGUCUUGUCCAAAUAUGACAAGUUUUUACCUAGGAAGUAGAGCUCUUGAAUUACCAUCUUUGGUUGAAAUUAAGGUAGCUGACUGUUCAAACAUGAUUACUUUUGUCUCUAUAUUUUCAAGAGAGGUUGAAGACGAAGUUGAUAAUGUUUCUACAUUAUUCUCCGACAAGGUUGCUUUUCCCAACUUGGAGAGGAUCACAAUCUCCCAUUUAAGGAAUGCAAAGAGGAUCUGGUACAACCAACUUCAUACAAAUUCAUUUUCUAUGCUAAAAGAGUUGAUUGUUAAGGAAUGUGAUGUAUUGUUGAACAUCUUUCCACCUUUUCUUUUGAGGGUUUUUCAAAGAUUGGAGAAAUUAAUAGUGACUGAUUGUGCUUCACUAGAACAAGUGUUCCAACUCCAAGUGCAAGAGUUAGAUAUUGAAGAAACAUAUGUGGUACACAGUCAGUUAAGAGAAGUGAAUCUUGUUCGCCUACCAAAGGUGAAGCAUGUUUGGACCAAGUAUCGCAAAAGAAAUAUUUCUUUUGGAAAUCUACGACAUGUAAUUAUUUGUGAAUGUUGGAGCUUGAAAACUUUGUUUCCAUUUUCUAUUGCUAAAGAUCUUCAGCAACUUGAAAGACUUACUAUUGAUAGGUGUGGGUUGGAGGAGAUUGUUGCUAAGAGUGUUGAAGAAUCAGAUGAACAGGACAUUUUUUUUGCAUUUAAUCAGUUGUCCUUCCUUAAACUUUGGUGUCUACCGUACCUAACAUGUUUCUACCAAGGAAUGCAUAGAACAACAUGGCCUGCAUUAAAGCAGUUGACGAUAUCUGGGUGUGGGAGGAUUAAGAUAUUUGGGCAUGAAGAAUCCCAAAUCCGACAUUCACUUUUCCUUGUUGAAAAGGUUAUCCCCCAAUUGGAGGAGGUUUCACUUAGCCAUGGUGAUAUUGCGAUGAUAAGUGAUGGCCAGUUUAAGGCUGACUUAUUUUGCAAUAUAAAAAUGCUUCGGAUUUCUUGCUACUUUGAUGAAUCAGCUGUUUUCCCGAUUUCUUUCCUUCGAAUGUUUUACAAUUUGGAAUGGCUGGAGGUGGUUUCUUGCAAUUUCAAAGAGCUAGCUACUUUCAAAAGCGCUGCAUGUGAAGAUAAAGACAUGAUUAGCACGAUCUCAAAAAUAAAGAAGUUGAAAUUGAAUAUGGUUAGCAACAUAAGACAUUUAUGGAAGCAAGACUCCCCACUUGACCAUAUUUGUGCAAGCCUUGAAUGUCUUGAAAUUAUGCUGUGUGGCAAUUUGAUUAAUUUAGGGUUAGAUCUUUCAUCUUUUGAAAAUCUUACAACUUUAGAUAUUUGGAAAUGCAAUAAGAUGUCAGAGUUGAUUACAUCUUUCAAAGCCCAAAGUUUGGUGUGCCUUGUUACAAUGAAGAUAAGAGAGUGUGAAAUGAUGAAAGAAGUAGUUGCCAGCGACAGGGAUAAUACGUCAUAUGAGAUUAUUUUCAAAACGCUGAAACGUUUGGAGCUUCAUUUUUUACAAAGCCUCACAAGCUUUUGUUCAGGCAAUUACACUUUAAAGUUUCCAUCCUUGGAACAAGUUAUUUUGAAUCACUGUCCUAGAAUGAAGAAGUUCUCUCAAGGAGCACUAAGCACACCAAAACUGCAUAAGGUGCAGUUAACAGAAACAGAUUUUGAGGGACGCUGGGCUGGUGACCUUAAUGCCACCAUUGAACAGUUAAACACAGAAGGUUGCUGCGGAUCUCAGCUGUGGCAAAAAUGUGAUUGGGAGGAUCUUUGGAAUCUUAAAGCUACCCCCAAGAUAAAACUUUUCAUUCGGGACGCAUGCUGUAAUGCCAUAGCUUCCACAGAGAAUUUAGGCAAGAGACAUAUCAUAGAGAAUUCGAGUUGUCCAAGGUGUGAAGAAGGAAAGGAAACCAUUGAACACAUCCUCUUUUUCUGCCCACCAGCUCAAGCAACUUGGAGAGCCUCGACGUUCAACCACACCCCUUCCCCUAAGGAUUUCCAAUCCUUAUCCGAUUGGUGGCUGAAAAUUAAGCAACUUCUUCAGAACUCGGGAGCAAAUACGGAUAUGAGUUUGAUUGCUUGGACGUGUUGGGGCAUUUGGAAGGCGCACAAUGAGUGGAUGCUCGAAGGCCGUGAUGAGGACCCAGUGAACACAUGGAACAAUGCGCUCAAAGGAUAUCACAACUUCAUGGAAAAUAUGCUCCCUCCAAAGCAUCAGCCAUUAAACUAAUCUGAUAAUGCCUCAUCUACUACCUCCGUUCUUCAUUGGAAAGAUCAUGCCUCAACUGGAAAAUGUUACAUUGCAUUUCCACCAGAGAUUUUCCUAUUUGGAAAAGCUUAAGAUAAUUGCUUGCAAUUUCAAAGAGUUGUCUCCAAGGUGAUGCUGUUGAGGAGAGAGACGUGGCAAUGAUGCUUUCAAGAUGGUGAUGUUACUAGCCAUCUUGUUCCAUAAAUAACUGUAAUUUAAAAUGGAAAUUUCUUGUGUGCAAUUGAAUCUUGACUUUGGUUUUAGAUUCUUGGGAUUAUAUUUUCUGCAUUCUUUGGUUUUUCAGAUAAUUUGAUCAUGAUCUUCUCUCUGUCUGGGUUUUCUAAAUGCUAGCAGGAUACUAUUUUCUGUCUUCUUUUUUCAUUUUCCUAACAUAUAGAAUAUGUUAGCUUGCUUGAUUAUCCAUAACCGAGAUUCAUGAACUAUCAAUUGAAUUUUAAAUUUUAAAAAUAUAAUUAAAAUGUCACAUAUUUAAAUUUAAUUGAAGAUGCCCUAGUAUUCAUUAUUUAACUUCUCUUAGAUUUUUUAUACAGUAAGAGUCGGAUACGUCAGUUCAUUGGGGUCAAUGGGUGCAAAUAACUAAGAUGAGAAGCUUCCUGGAUGAAAUUAUUGCAUUACAUUUGUUUGUUAAUCAUAUAAGUUGUUAAGAAUAAGAGUCUUCUCUUGUUAAAAUUAAGAUUAUUUUUGGUAUUUUUAUAUUUGUUUUACAAUCUCUGUUUAAGGUUUGUAGUUAUUGCUUUCAAUAAUAUUUUCUCCAAUGUUCAAAUUAAUCUGUGUUCUCCUUUAGUAAUGCAUGGUUCAUCAGUAUUUUUUAUAUGUAAAUGUUAAAUGGUUAAUCCUACAUUAUGGACUUUUUACCUGUUGACAGAUUACCCUGCAACACCCAAGUUCAUGUUUACGAAGAAGGAUUUCUCACAUGAGCUUAUUCUUUUAAUGAUGGAAGAGGUUUUGCUCUAUCUGUAAUAUUAUUUCAAGUUUACAUCUUUGGGAAAUCAAAGGUUGUAGUGGCAUAUAGGCAGCUAAAUAAGCAUAUGUUCUAUCACAAUGCUGAUUCAAGAUAUUAAUAUGAUGAUGAACAAAAUAAUGUGUAUGGUUUAUAUGGUAAUGCAUGUCCUGUAGUCUUGUUUAUGUAUCUUCUUCCACAUCCUUUUUCAUUAUUAAUAUGAUGAUAAGCUUGCCAAAUGGUGUUCUGAGGCUUCAACCAAAAGGAGGACAUGGGCAUCAUAAUGGGUAAGUUCCAUUGAUAUUACUACACUACUGGUAGCAGAAUUUGUAUUAGCUGUAUUUUAUGCCUCAUUCCUUUCCAUGUGAUCUGGAGUUCUGAGCCUGGUUUGUGUAUAUAUUGUUCAAUUCUAAUUUGUUUUCUUGAACAUAACUUGGCUAUUUUUGAAGCAGUUCUUUGCUCAAUGAUUCCUACUUGAAAUCAUUCCGCAUAUUCCUUGAGCUAUCUUCAUCGUACGUAUUUGAGUAAUACUAGCUCAUAUUUUCAUCCUUGUGAUACGGAACAAUAAAUGAAUCUCAAAGUUGUUUCUCCUGUCUGUUUAAAUGCAUCCUUACCUUUCUCCAAACAAAUGGUGAAUUGAAGACAUUAACUUAUGCUUUCUUGUUGCAGAGUGAAGAGUGUGAUGGGGCAUCUGGAUGGCAGUCGUGAGUUUCCUCGGUCGUGCAUAGGUGGCUCCUCGAAUCCCACCAGUUUCUGCUUAAUUUUUGCAUCAUAAACACAUAUCCCUUUUAAAAGGUAGAUUAGAUGCAUAUGGUGAUUCACAGUUCCAUAAUUCUAUAAGAGUAAUUUAUUGUUCCGGCAUUGGAAAUCCACCUGCUGCUAUGGACAUGAAAGCUUAUCUUCUGCAGAAGUUCAGUCCUGCGGAGCGAAAUCAGGUAUUUAGUUGCCUCGUCUUUCUCAUUAAUUACAUGUACAACAUUGAAGGUUGGUUGAUGAAGAACAGGGGAGAGUGUUGAAUACGGGGUAUUCCUAUUAUUUGAGAGAUGAAAGUGAAGUGUUUAAUGGUUGGUAUUUUUGAGGGAUUGAUGAAUCAUUGGACAAGGAAUUGAGGCAGUGAGGACAGUGGUGCUGAAUGGAUUCAAGCAAAAAGUCACAAGAUUCAAUUUAGGACAGAAAUACAAGCAUCACCAAAGUUUGACCAUUACAUGCCAUGGAUGAUGUUGUCAGUAUGUAAUGCAUGUAUACAUCAUUUUUAAUCAACCCUUCCUUAUUUUUUCCUUUCCUUUUCCCUCUAUUUGAUAAAAUUUUACCCUUUUAGCAGCAUC